UUGCACACGGAAGUGGCACCGUCCCCGUGUCCCGUCCCGGCGGGGCCUCCUCCCGCCUGGCACAGCAGGGAAGGAAAGGAGAACAUCCAUGGGGUUCCAACCCUCCCUGUCACCCCUGUCACCGCAGACCUCGCCGUGCUGGGAUGGCCCCGGAUGCCUGAGCCCCCCUGGCCCCUCCCCAGCCAUGGAGACCGUGGUCAUCGUGGCCAUCGGGGUGCUGGCCACCAUCUUCCUGGCGUCCUUCGUGGCGCUGGUGGUGGUGUGCAGGCAGCGGUACUGCCACCCCAAGGACCUGCGCCACCACUACGACACCAAACCCAUCGUGGACCUGAUGGGGACCUCGGAGACGCCGUCGGAGCCCUCGGAGCUGGAGCUGGACGACGUGGUCAUCACCAACCCCCACAUCGAGGCCAUCCUGGAGAACGAGGACUGGGUCGAGGACGCCUCGGGUCUGGUGUCCCACUGCAUCGCCAUCCUGAAGAUCUGUCACACGCUGACAGAGAAGCUGGUGGCCAUGACCAUGGGCUCGGGUGGCCGCGUGAAGUCCCCUGCCAGCCUGGGUGACAUCAUCGUGGUGGCCAAGCGCAUCAGCCCCAGGGUGGACGACGUGGUGAGAUCCAUGUACCCACCGCUGGACCCCAAACUGCUGGACGCCAGGUGACACCAGCAGGAGGGGCAGGGGCAUUCCUGGGGCUGGGGAGACACCCUGGGUGGUAACACAGAUCAGUUCCACCCCAUGCCACACCGCUGGGGACACCCACAGGUGACCCAGCAGGACGGGAAGGGCCCUUGGUAUGAGCCCAUAGCACAGGGCACAGAACACGCUGAGCUGGGAAGGACCCACAAGAAUCAUCAAAUCCAACCCCUGGCCCUGCACAGACACCCCAACAAUUCCACCCGG